UAGGUAGAAAAGUUCCAGACUAGCUAGUUGGAAACAGCAAGCUGGAGAAUUGGGAUGAGGCAUAAACAGAUGGGGACCUCCAAAGAGUAGAAGUCCCCAAAUCUGCGGAUGAUUGAACAAUUGCUAUGGGCACCUUGCAGUGUGCUGUGAGGGCUGGCGAGGAACCCAGAGCGCGUUAGGGCCCCGGGGAAAGGCGGCGCGGCGCGGCAGGCAGGUACCCUGGUGGACUGGCUGGAGCUCACAUACGGGCGGGCAGAGAGAGGCCCGAUGCCAGAGGCAGGCUCUGCACUCGCCCAGCCGAUCCCGGGACUGACUCCAGCAUCACUUUAACGGGAAGCGGCUGGCGCUGAGAGCGGCAGCCCGGCACGUAAAGAACCCGCCAGCGCGGCUCUAAAGGCUGCUCCCGCCCCUGGAUGCCCCCGCUCGCUCACACCUUCCACGCGCCAGGACCGAGCCGCUUUGCUGGGGGUUCCCGCUCCCCGCCGCGGGGUGUGUUGCUGCUGCCGCCCCCGGCCCCGGCCCCGCCUGCCCCUCCCGGGCGGCUGGCAGAGCGGCAGCUGCGGCGGCGGCGGCUGGAAGUUUUGCUGGCAGCGCUGGGCUCCUCCGCCAGCCAGCCCGCACCUCCCCGCCGCGCGCUGGAGAGGAGCCGCGGCCGCUGCUGAGGGCGAGGCGGGGGAAGCGCCGAGCCCCGCCGCCUUCGCGCUCGGAUUCCGCAGCCUGGCCCGAGGGGGCGGCCGCCGCCGGGGAGCGGGGUCCCGCCAUGCUGAAAGUCACCAUGCCCUCCUCGUCCUCCAGCGCCGCCGCCGCGGGCAGGGCGCCCGACUACUGGAUCGACGGCUCCAACAAAGACACCCUGGCGCACUACUUCGAGCUGGAGUCGGAGCUGGGACGGAAUAUUAGAAGUGACAGAAAUGAUAUCAUGUUGUAUGAAUCUGUGAUUUCAACUGACGUUGUGCACUCCAAAACUGCAAUCCAUGGUGCUACAUCCAUUGUCUACAGAUGCAGGCAGAAAGGAACCCAGAAGCCUUACGCUGUCAAAAUGUUAAAGAAAACUGUAGACAAGAAAAUUGUCCGAACUGAAAUAGGUGUUCUCCUUCGCCUCUCGCAUCCAAACAUUAUAAAACUGAAGGAGAUAUUUGAAACCCCCACAGAAAUCAGUCUUGUUCUGGAGUUGGUCACAGGAGGGGAGCUAUUUGACAGGAUUGUGGAAAAAGGAUAUUACAGUGAGCGAGAUGCUGCCGAUGCUGUUAAACAAAUCCUGGAGGCAGUUGCUUACCUGCAUGCAAAUGGGAUUGUUCACCGUGAUUUGAAGCCAGAGAAUCUACUCUAUGCAACACCAGCACCAGACGCACCAUUAAAAAUAGCUGAUUUUGGGCUUUCCAAGAUUGUGGAAGAUCAAGUGACUAUGAAGACAGUUUGUGGAACUCCAGGGUACUGUGCACCAGAGAUUCUACGUGGAUGUGCUUAUGGCCCAGAGGUGGACAUGUGGUCUUUGGGAAUAAUCACCUACAUCCUACUUUGUGGAUUUGAACCAUUCUAUGAUGAAAGGGGAGACCAGUACAUGUUUAAAAGAAUUUUGAAUUGUGAAUAUGACUUUGUGUCCCCCUGGUGGGAUGAUGUGUCUCUAAAUGCCAAGGAUUUGGUUAAAAAGUUGAUUGUGUUUGAUGCUAAGAAGCGCCUCACGACCUUUCAAGCUUUGCAGCACCCCUGGGUCACAGGAAAGGCAGCCAAUUUUGCACAUAUGGACAAUGCACAAAAGAAACUUCAAGAAUUCAAUGCUAGACGUAAACUUAAGGCUGCAGUGAAAGCUGUUGUGGCAUCAACUCGUCUUGGGAGUGCAAGUGGUCACAGCAGCCACGACAGCAAUAAGCCCAGCCGUAAUCCAUCUCCAGUUCAAGACAGUGAACCUGAAGAGAAACCUACUCAGGAAGGAGAAGCAGCAUCAGGAGAGACGCCUUAGGUCAUCUGCUUUCAUAUUUCAGCUGAGAUCUGUCAUUUCAUGCACCAGCUAUCUUGCCAUUCAGCAAGAAAGAUUUGUAAGCCUGGCCUCUCUGGUGGCUCUGCUUUGGAGUGCAAAAUGCACCAGCUGGUGGUCCUAACUUCAAUGCAUGUGACUGCUUAUGAAAAUAGUAAAUUGUCCUAUCAGGCA